AACAAUAUAGUCAGUUAUCUCAAUUCUUUCGUCCUGUCGGUUACAGAAAAAUUUUAAAGCAACAAUUUACGAAAUUCUUAUUAGGAACGACAAAGAACAAAACGCAUUAUAGUAAGCGCUUCGCAUCAGCUGUUGUAAAAAAAAAAUAACGGGAUAUCGCGAACGAAAACUGGUCACACCGACGGCCACAUCAAAAAACUGGGGGUCUGGCGUGACCCUGUUAUUUCUAUCCUGCAAUAAAAUAGCUGUGUAAUUUAAGAUAGUUCGUGUGUGCUUCGAACAGUGUUUUAUAGUAAAUUCUAGUGUAAUUUAUGAAGAAAUUAUGGAACGCGCGACGGGAACAGAGGUGUACGGGUGUGGCUCGCCCCAAUCCUCGGACAUAACGCUGAAUAUACAAACUACUACGGGUGGUAAUUUCUCCAUCAGUUUGAACCCUAAAAAUACAGUGGAGCACCUGAAGAAGUUAGUUUCGAAGAAACUUAAGGUGUCUAAAGACAGAUUAUGCUUGCUGCAUCGCGAAAGACAACUGAGGGAUGGGACGCUAGAAGAGAACGGUCUGCUGGAUGGGUCGAGGGUAAUCCUCCUUCCGAGCGUCGAGACUGGCUUGCUGAGCCAUAGACCCGAGAAUUCUGUGAUGCAAGCAUUGGAAUCCCUAAAUGACACUCAGGUUAAUGACUUUCUAAGUGGUAAAUCUCCACUGAACCUGACAAUGAGGUUAGGUGACCAUAUGAUGCUGAUCCAGUUGCAAUUGUCCACCCUAAACUCGAGUUCCAGUGGCUGCAGAUCCUUGAGAACAUCCACACCUUCGAAAAACUCUUCAACAUCAAUACGGACUAGUAAAAGUGACGCCAGGGAAUCACCCAGCCCUCAGACAGCAACUCAACCUACCUGUACACCUGUGCCCACUGACCACUCUUACAUCAGUAGUGAAACUCCUAAACCAGAACCCACAGCUCCACAUGGGCUACAGAAGCAAGACUUUGAAAUGCUGCAGAAUUGUUUUGAUCUGUACCGUUCUAUGGCUGAAGAGAAAUAUGGUGAAAAAAGUGAUACUAGUGAUGACAAAGAUGAUACAAUGGACACAUCUAACGGCACAAUGUCAGAUCUCUCUGAAACAUCAAUAGAAAGUGAGCAAUCUCCAAUCAAAUCUUUGUCCAACCUAGUGUCCAGUCCCAUAGAUGCUGCCGCAACAGAAUCUUCUACAAAUAAAGAUGGUGCUGCUAUCAACUCUGUGAAAAAUAAUAGAUUGAUAAAUUUUCUCACUCAAAAUAAAAUAAGCAAUGAUGUGAUACCCUCAACAAGUGCCAUCAGUGACAAGCAAAGCCCCUCAACCUCUUCUCACACUCCAGACAGUUCUCUCAGUGAUGACAGUGAUAAUUUUACAGACCAAAGUUCAUUCCUUGCUGAAAAUCCUAUAGAUGAAUAUCCUAUGGAAAACCUUUUCAACAGUGCCGUUGACAAAGGAUUGUUUGAAGAUCAAGAUGAAUCUAUGAUGGAUAGGGAAAUAUCUAAUCUGGCCACAACUAGUCACGGCAGUCAGGAAGCUAAUUCAGGCACUCUACCACCUUUCCAAAGUAUAAAUGAACCUUUGAAAAACAAGAGAUUCCAGUAUUUACUGCACAAGACAUCUAAAUUCAAACAUCCUAUUGGUCAGAAUAAACAGAAAGCAUUUAUGCAGUCUGUUGUCAAUAAACAUAAGAAAAGGAUGCAAAGUCGACAGGACACUAAUUUAUCUCAACCUUCCACCUCUAGAACUGAGCCUUACAUAACUAAUUCUAGGAAACUAAUUCUGCAACCUAGCAGUGGUCAGACUGAGGAUAAUCCCACUCCAUCAACUUCCAAGCAGACUGUAUUUAAGGCACCCGAUGCUCCCAAGAAGCCACAAAGAGCAUCACCAACACCUCCCGUGGACACCAAAGCUCUCAUUGAAGCCUCAAAGAAUUUGACUCAGAAAUUAAAGAAAUUGUCCAAAGAGGUGUUGACUAAUAAAAUUGAUCUGAGGACAGCUGAGGAGACAGUGUGCAGAAAAAUUGGUCCCGGCGCUGUGAUAGAGUCCAUGAAGCAUCAUGGCAAAGGAAUUUAUUCUGGGACUUUUUCAGGUACACUGAACCCAGCUCUACAAGACAGAUACGGCCGACCUAAGCGAGAUAUAUCUACAAUAAUUCAUAUACUGAAUGACUUGCUAUGUGCUGCGCCACCCAUUACUAUAGCUCAGAAGGACGCGAGUUACUCGUGUGCGACGAGCGCGACGGCGGACGACGGCAGCAAGUGCCUGGGCUGCAACCAGCAGGCGUGCCUGUACGGCCAGUGCGACGGACACCUGCCGUCCACGUCCGCCACGUCGGUGCCGCGGCGCUGCACGUGCGACGGGCCCAAAGACUGCCAGUGUCGACGACUCGACCCCAAGCUGUGCCUCGCAUGCGUCGGCAAGUCUGCCGAUAAGAUAUGCAAGAAAUGUGAUACUGCUAAGACUCUAGCCCUGGAGAACUCUAAAACUAAAUGCAAACUGGAGCAACUAAGGCUCGUGAUGCAACAGAAGAAGCAGCGGCGUGAAGCACGGAAACUAAAGACUUUGCCUUAUAGCAACGCACCUUCCAAGACGAUAACGUCGCCGGAGCAGGCGCCGGUCAUACAACAGGAGGAGAUAGAAACAGUUGCCUAACACUCAGUUACAUCCGCGUAAAUUAUUACUCGCGCUUCUAGAUUUGUAACGGUACUCCGCCAUCUUGUCUUGCUUUUGUAUGGAAAUUACUAAUUAUUUCAGUUAUCUCACUAUCACAUUAUUUUAUUUAUGCACAGGAUGUAUUUCAAUAGCAGACAUUGGUGACUUGACAAUUAAAAAAUUGUUACACUGUGUUAUCUUUGUGUAGUUAUUAUCGACCGUGCAUACUUAAGUUUUGUUAAUGCGUGUCGGCGAUACAGAGUUCCAAGAUUUAUUUUACGCAUUUCAAAUGACUAAUGUAUUCGAGAUAGACAAAAUGAGAACAUACUAAUGGUAAAAUAAUUUAUUGUACAUUAUGCAGUCAUAUUGGGUAAAAUUGGAUCGACUAUUAUAUAUUGAACCUCUUUAGAGGAUUUUAAAAUGGGUUGGAUUGUAAGGCAACGCCUUUUGGCUGAAAGUAACUUUAUCAAUUUUUUGUUGACAAAACUUGAGCAUGCAUGGGGGCGCAAAAGCAUGAACCGAAUGCGGACGAUAUUCUAAAUUACCAUAUUAAAUAGUUUGGAUAUAAUAUACCCAAUAACUUUAAGUGCUAUUUACGCAUGUACAAAUGAUAAAGAUUGAUUAGCGAAAUCACUAGUUCGUAGCUAAAGUAAGAUACACGACAUACUUGCCUGGCGCGGCUUCAAAUUGAUUUUUGUUGUUAUAUUUUAGAUUUUAUUUUAUUGGUUCGAAGUUUUAGACACUUGUGUACCUAGUUUAAUUUUUUGAACAUCAUCUAUUGAUUGAUAAUUGACAUUACGGGGUUUAUUAGUAACUAACGCAUUUUAUUAAUUCAAUCCUCUAUGAAAAAAUUAUAAAUUUAGGACAAGUGAUCUUAUAUCCCACUUUUUUUAGUUAAUAAUUGGCACUGUUAUUCUUAUAGUUAUUUUUUUCUUUGUUUUUCUUUUCUCCUUUCACGGAUAUGUUGUUAAAGAUAAUAAAAAUGUUUUCUGGAUUACACAUGUUGCGUUUAGUUUUGUUGUAUUUUAAUGAUAAUUUGGUUUCAAUGAAUAUUUAUUAUGUAAAGAAUUCCAAUGUGUAAACAUGAGAAUGAACUACCGCGAGAUGACGAUCAUAGAGACACUAGAAAUAGCUUUGUACAUACAUAAUUAUUAUGCAAAAGGUUUGGUAGUGGUAAAGUGCUUUUUGAGUAUAAUUCAUCGAUUUUAUAAAAAAACUUAUCGUUCAAUUGCCUAGACAUAAUUUAGGGGUUUAUUGUGAAAUAUCUGUGAAUACUAAUUAGUAGGUUUAACUAGAGACCCACUAAACAGCGGCAGGACUGCAAGCGUUAUAGAUAUGUAAAGAAUAUACAGAGACAUUAUGUUAUGCUUAAGUUAACAUUGAUAAUCUCCCAAUUAUAAUUAUGUUCCUUGAGGGUGUAUGAUGUGUAACUAAGCAAAGAAAUACUGUAAAUGAUUAAAAAUUCAUAGUACAAUUUUGCGUCUUUAAACACCACCUUGGAAAUGGUUAUUGUGUAUUACUGAGUAGUCUUCCAAAAGAAGUCCAGAAUAAAUGUUUUCCUCAAUCCGAUGAUGGUAAGGGACCAAAGACCAGGCCAAAACAAUUCAUAAGCAAUAAUUAAAUUCCUAUUGUAUCAUAUCCACUUUACCCGGGCCGGGUUGUGGUCAUGACUGAACGGCGACUUGUGUACAGCCGAAAUGUUGGCGAGGAAAGCAAAUGAGAGAAAGUGUCUCUAGAUUGUCCCUUUAUGCAUUUUAUUUCUCCACAAAAUUUACAAUGCUCUUAUUUCCACGUGACAUUCAUAUCACACCUCGCAGUGCGAGGCUUAUAGUAUUGCUGUGCAAUUUGCUAGAAUCAUUGUUAUGUAUGCUGUCUUCCAUUUUGUUAAAUGCAUGUCGUUCUACGAUGCUGUGUAUGUCUCACUAAUAGGUAAAUCCGCUAUUCAGUCGUGACGAAUUCUUUCCUUCCAAAGUGCCUCUAACUGUAAGGUACAUUGUAUUUAGUGUUGUGCCAUACGUGUAUACUAUUUAAGUUCCAUAAUUUAAAUGUUUGUGGCACUAUUCCAAGUUCGAAUGUUCUGUUCGAUCUCUUACCAAUCAUGUUCCUAAGAUCUCAAUUUUAUUUCUCCGACAAUUGUAAUGUUUUGGCGGCAAACUUAUUCGGUCUAUUGUUUUUGUAAAUACAUUUUGUUACCGUUUAAUUUAGUCGUGAUGAGUUUUUGUUAUAAGGUUUUGAGGGAAAAUCGUGAAUUGUUUUUUUGUCCUUAUAUUGCAUGUCUAGUGAGGAGAAUAAAGUUACAUAACAAAAUUA